GGAAAUUAGAUUUCGAGGAUAUGUCUUUGAUGGAAAAGCAAACGAACAAACUCAGGGCACACAUCGUACCAGGCACUCUCAUCGAUCUUGGAUUGCAUAGUAUACAAUGAAUGGAAAGUUUCGAAAGGUUGCAAAAUACAAUUUCUUCAUAUCAAAUGUGCUACUGGCUCCAGGAAGUCUUUCUUCUUCUAUUAUUGCUAGGAGCAGCUUCAAAAGACAGCAGUAUCAAGUCAAUCAUCAAAUACGGCUCAGGGUCCUACCGAAUCGAGGAAAACCACCGAAAGUCAAAUCCGUUGCACAGUUUUUUUUUUCGAGUCCGGAAAAACGGCGUCCCAUCUAUUUGGGAACGUUCUAGCCUCGAUAAUGGCUCGAAUUCCUGAGCUGGAUGACCUAUUCGCAGGGCUCAUCCUCAGAAGUUAGACAAGAAGCCGCAGAAAUUGAAACAGACUCCAGGCAAAGUAGAAAAGUAUCUUUGGGAUGAAAUGAUUGUUGAGAACUUCGCGCAAAAUCUAGAACCACGGCAACAUCUGUACAAUCUGCUCGAUGGAGCUUAGAAUAUCAGUGCGAAGAUGUAGACGCACAGGGAAUACUUGCAUUUCGUCGGUGGCUCGACUACGUAUCCAGAUAAUGAUGACCGGCAUCCCAGAAACUGAUACUAGAUCACCAGCAACUCGUACUAUAAAUGUAACUUCACAGGCUCAAGCUGAAUUUGAAAAUCAAAAUCCAUACCAUAUCGAUCUGGACGGCGCAGACGAGCGAGCAACAAAAGGAAAACCUGAAAAGGGACCUCAUAAAUACUUAUCACUGACUGCCGAAUUAAAGAUCUCAAAA